GUAAUGUAGUUUCCAUGCUACUGCUGGUCUCGUGGCAAUUGCAUUGUUGUCGUUACGUGUGCAGUUUCGCCUUUGUUGUGUGCUUCAGUGUAUGUUUGCCGUUUUGAACUGUGUCCUGUAUAGGAGUGGAUGUUUACCGAUUUUUUUUUUUUUAAAGCUCGACUAAAUGUCACUGCUGCAGCAGCGAUUUCCCCAUGGCCGGGAAGAGAGUCGCAGAUUGCGAAUCACAUAGGAAUUGGCUUUUGUGGUAUCUCCACUGGCUGUCUUCGCAGCCACCACUGAAAAAUAGCGGGCACGUCGCAGUGGAUUGUGUCGUUUUGUCGCAGCUUGAUACUGAGCGAGCCAAGUUUCGAACUUCAAGUUGAAGUUCAUUUUGGUUCAACCAGCCCUACCGUCGUGCGUCACGUGUCCAGAGGCAAAGGGGCCUGCUGAUCUCGGAGGCUGCAAUGGACAGCAAAGAUGGGAGAAAGGCCAUCAAUCUUCCAAAUAUAUUCAGAGGUGCCGGGACGUACGGCAAACUUGGCGAUCAGAAAUUGACAGAUGACAUCGAUUGGACUUCCUCGGCGCAGUACAACAUGCACUUCCAGGUCAAGAGCAAGUGCAUUAUCAUCAACAACGAGAACUUCUCUCCGCAAACAGGCAUGAAUCGCCGGAAGGGCACAGACCGGGAUGCCAUGCAGCUGAAAGUGUGCUUCGUGAGCCUGGGCUUCCAAGUGGAAUCGUAUAAAGAUCUGACCUGCAUGCAAAUGGUCGACAACUUGAAAAAAGCGUCGAGCGAGGACCACGGCACCCGCGCCUGCUUCGUGUGCGCCAUCCUUAGCCACGGGGAGGAGGGCGUGCUGUACGGCACCGACGGCACGCUCCCCGUCUCCAUCCUCGCAGAGAUCUUCUCCGAGAAACAUUGCCCCUCGCUGGCCGGGAAGCCCAAGCUCUUCUUCAUACAGGCCUGCCGGGGUAGCAUGUUUGACGAGGGUGUGGACCACGUGGACGGAUUGGGGCGCAGCGACGAUACGGACAACCGAGGCCACUCCAAGCCAGUGGAGGACUCGCUGCUCCCCAGAUACAACGUCAUCCAGCCCGAUUUCCUCUACGCCUUCUCCACCGUACCAGGGUACUACUCGUGGCGCAAUGAGGAGAGGGGCUCCUGGUUCAUCCAGUCGCUGUGCGAAGAGCUGCUGAGGAACAGCUCGCAGUUGGAGCUCGUGAAGAUUCUCGUGUGCGUGAACCGCCGCGUGGCCACGCAGUACGUGUCCUGCUCACGGGACAUCACCUACAACGACAAGAAGCAGAUUCCGUGCAUCAUGUCCAUGCUCACGCGCGAGUUCUACUUCAAGUAGCGAGCGAGCGGAGGAGCGAACGCCGUACUUUCCGCAGAGCCUCCUGGAGUUUGGCGGAGUGACUCUUUUCAUCACGAGGGAGCAGCCCUAACGGGGAAAAUCGCCCCUUUUUUUUGCAUGGAAGGGAAAUCAACUGAAAUCAUGCAACCGGAUGGACUAAACCAAGGGUGGUGAAUUUAGGGGCACGUGAUUUAAUUUCAUGCGGCCCAUAGGCACGAGGCCUAAGCACUUUGUUGUCUUUCCCUCGCACCUCUGAUUUAGCACGGUUGGCUACGUACGGUGUGAAAAAAAGUUCCACAUACAUACGAUGCGGUCUGCAAACGAUGUUCAAUCCGUCACUGCAAAGAUGUGGGGCGGUCGAAUCGGGUAAAAAAAAGGGGAAAUAUUUUCGACCUGGCAACUUGUGUUUCUAAUUUUUGUCGCGCUCAGUCACUUGUGUCACUGCGAGUGCCUCGUUCAACGGCAGAGGAGACGAAAGUGCAUGUUCAUUUGCCCCACCAAAGGAAUUUGAAAGUUAAAUUCCCACCCCUGGACUAAAAGAUUUGUGUAAAACUAUGUUCAAUCAACCGAAUUAUGACCCAUCUCAUAGGGUUAAUAAAAAAUGUAAUAGUUCGACUAAAACAAUAUAUAUUAUAUUUCGAUUUAAAGCUUUCGUGACUGCAGGGAUUCAUAUUCUUGGUUCUUUUGGUAAAGUCACAUAGAAGGGAAAUAAUAAAGUAAUAAAAGUUUAUGGCUUUAUUUUUAUUAUUUUAUUAUUUCCCUUCUACGUGACUUUACCGAAAGAACCAAGAAUAUAAUAUAUAUUCUCUCAAGUAAAAAAUGCUGUUAUCACAUUAACACGAGUUGCAGUGUUUGUAUCUUAUGUACAAGUUUAUAUAUAUACAUGAAUUUAGAAUUGUGAAGACUUAGUUUUCUGUUUGCUACAACUAGAUUACGUGCUCAUAUUAGCGUAGACAUUCGUCACUUCAGCGCGUGUGCCUCGGGGAGAAAUGAUGACCCCUCAUGCGCAAGUUUCUUUAGAUUGGGUUUCGAUUCAUCACAACGCGCCCGCUUGCUCCAAAGGUCAACUUUGUAAGCUUCAAUGUAUAAUCACGUCCGCGCGCGUUCACAUCUACGUGUUCAUGUUGAAUUUCUUUCGCACCAUACGUAGCCAACCGUGCUGAUCGGAGGUGCGUUGGAAGGACACAAACAAACUAAACAGAUGAGCCUCAACCUUGAUUUGAAGCUUUCGUGACUGCAGGAAUCCAUACUCUUUGGUUCUUUCGGUCAAGUCACGUUGGGUAUAAAAUAAAAUAAAUCACGACGUUUCGGGCGCAACACAAGCGUCCGACAUCAGGUGGAACAAGCGAUGAGCCUCAUCGCGACUGCAACGCGUGGUUUGAUCCGCCUUGACGCAAUUGUCGACUAAAGCAAUUUGGGACAUUUGCUUCAUUUUCUUCACUCCGCCAUAUAGAAAUGUUUACUCAUUUAAUAAGUGUAAAGCCAAUCCUCUCGUGCAUAUCCGGUGCAUGGUUACUAUGUAAUGCGUAAGAGUAAUAUUGUGCUUCACGAAUUUUCAGAGGUGGGGGGGGGGGGGGGUCACUUUUGCCGAUACGACAUCAGUGCGAGGGCCGCCACACCGCCUGCAAUUGGCCGGAACUAAAGGCCCACCCGGGGCCGCCAGUGUCCCCCGGGCCUUGCAAUGAAGCCCACUGGCCUGGCACGUGGCCUCCACUCGGCGCAGAAGCAGCGAACAGGACCAGGUCGGCAUUGCUCUCUCUCUGCAUGCUGCCUAAAUCUUUGAGCACUGGGAGUGUCAUUUUAUUUGUUUUUAUUGCUUUAUUUUCGAUUUUCUCAGGACAAAAAAAAUUGUGGAGGAAGGUCCCACGUGAUUUCGAGAACACGUCCUCAUGCAUGAGGAGUGUCCGCAUUACUUCAGGCAGGUGAAGAAGCAAAGACUGAACAAAAUCUCAUUCUCCAAUCCAGCUUUAAUAACAGUGGUAUAUACAGGCGAACCCGAUUAUAUAUAUUCAAUCUCACCGAUACCUAUUAACAUUUGAUUGAACAUAGUGCAAGGGGAAAUUGCUCCAUAUCUCACAGGGAAGUGCAUUAAAAUGAUGUAUUGAAUAUCGUCGGACGCUACAUAUGUAAAGGGCUUUGAAAUGGAUAAAUAAAGGUUCUCUAAUUGCUCCGCA